AAAAAAAAAAAACUUGUAUCCUUUGAAUGAACCUUUUAUCAUUAACAAAUUAAAAUGAAAAUUGCAAUUAGAAUGCAUAAAAAGAAAAAGUCGUUAAAAAAUAUAAAUGAAAUUUGUUAUUUGGUGUAAAAUGGAGACGCGAAAGGAGAAAGAGGAGGAAAAGGAGGAGAAGGAGGAGGAGGAGUAGGAGGAGGAGAAGAAGGAACGCAGCGUAUCACUGGAUGAAAAAUUGUUGUGCGUAUUUUGAGAUCUCUCAUACAAAAUUGUGGAAGUAGUUGUCUCUAUAGUUUUAAAAAAAACAACCUUGCGUGGGUGCACGUAAUACCAUCGAAAACUCUAUUUAUAAGUAGUAGAACACAGAACGGUGUCUUAUUAUUAUCCGAAAUAAAACUGGUUUUAAAAGAGGGGUGGCAAAAGAACGACGACGAGUUCGGUUGAAGAAAACACGACAGACGGUUUCUUGUAUUUUAUAAAUAUCGUUUUUACACAAACACUAAUCUACACAGAGAAACACACAUGAUCGCAUUUAUACUUUUAGAGAUUUACUAAACACACGUCAUUGUUGUAUUCUCAAAAGAACAAAUCUAAUUAUGUUAAUUAAAUUGUUAGGAAUUUAUUUUUUUAUACAUCUUUUGUUUAUCUUCUCGUUUUUUUUUUUGUUAAGUCAAUUUAAUUAGGAUGUUACUAAAUUACUAAUAAUUUAAAUAUGGCUCCGACAAGUGGAUAGAAAUUUGUGAUUGUUUUUUUUUAUUUAAAAAAGAACACGAGGAAAAAUCGUAAAAGUUGUUCUCAAAACGAAAGUUAAUAAGAAAAGUGGAGCGGGGGCGGGGAAAUGAUUAAAAAAGAACUGAAAUUAAAUAAGUUUUGAUUAAAAAAAGAUUAAGUGAAGGAGGAGGAGAAGGAGGAGGAGGAGGAGGAGGAAGAGGGUCAGAAAGUAACGGGAGGAGGAAAUAUAUCGAUUUCUUCUAGUUUCGCGAGUAAACGGACAUGCGUCGGGAUUCGGAUUGCUUCUGGAAGUUGACGGAAAGAAGGUGUGACCUUAUACUAGCUGACAACGUAACACAAACAUCAUCAUUUCUCUAGUUCCUUUCGAAUUCCGUUAGAAAGAAGAUACUCCUUAUUAAAUUAAUCAACAAUUUAAGAAAGAAGAAACAAUCAAGAGAUUUCGACAAAGAAAAUAUGCCAAUUUGAAAACAAAAUUAUAAUUUUGGUGACUCGCGCUUAGAAGAUUUCAACUUAUAUUCGAUCACAUUCUUGUUUUCUUUUCUUCAAUAUAAUAAUCAAGAAGACAACAUGCAUCGUGUUCUUAGUUUUCAAAUGGCUCGUGGAUUGGGCGAAUCCAGCGAAUUCGUAACGAAACGCAUGUGUUUUUCCUUUCUUUUCUCAGUUGGAUUUAUUUGUCUACUUUGUGGUUUCUUACUUGGCCGAUUUGCUUCUGAAAGAUCGAUAGAAUUUCGCGCUCAAAGAAGACGACUCGAAUUAGACGGUAAUGGAUUAAAACAUAACGAACAUCUUCAACAAUUUUUACUACAAAAAUUAGGAGAAUCGUCCUACCAAACAAGUUGGACAAAUUCCAUCAGUAAAGAAGAUAUUGAAACUUUAAAAAUUGGCGAAGUGUUAUCCGAUUUACCGAUUUUUCAUCAAAUUGUUACAAAUGGUUCCUUUGUUCUUGCUACUUCUCACGGCUCACGAGAACGUGACAGAUUCGUGAUUUUAUCAGCAAGUGGAAAUGGAAUUGAUAUUGCAUUAGAAUUGGCUAAAGUAUUAAAUCAAUUACGAGUUGAACAUAAUUGGAAACCACGUCGUACCCUCAUAUUUUGUUUAUUCUUGGGUUCUUUAGAUAUUUGUCCGACUAUGAUGUCUAAUUUUAUACGUCAUAAAAUUGUUGCUUAUAUAGCUUUAUAUGAUGACAAUUUACAAGGUAAUGGUAGUUUUAUCUCUGCCGGAUCAGAUGUGAUACAAUCUAUCAUUCUUCAAGAAGUUAAAAUUAUCAGAAAUUUAAAUUAUCAAAACAAUAACAUAUUCGAUUUGGAUAAUCAAGCAUAUCAAAAAAUUGUAUUUCCACGUCUUGCAUUAGAUAUUCCGCAUGCUGUCAUUUCAUUUAUGAAAAACAACAAUACUGUUAACAAUGAAAGUUUCAAAUCCCAUCGUAUUCCAUUAAUGCAAUUAAUAGGUGACACCAUUUGGAGAUUGUCAGAGAGUUUAGUCUUUCAUUGGAAUGUUAAAUACUUUAACGACACUGUUAACAACGUAUUGGAAACUAUCAAUGUAUCCACAUUUUUGGAUAUAAAAGAUGAAAUUAAAGAAAACGUUGACAAAUUAAUGUCUGAAGUACAAGUACUUAACCAAAGGAUUGAUACGACUGAUCUUAGCAAAUCCUUGGAUACAAGAAUAAUGAAUGACAUAUUGAUGGACUUGGACAGAUCACUUUUAUGUCCAGACAAAUAUUUUCGCUCAAAGACUGACUUAGCGUCAUUUCAUAUAUUGUCAGAACAAUCACCAUUCAUGUUGAGUUAUUUAAGCGAUUUACAACAAUGUUACAAUGCAGCUGUCCAAUUAUUACAAGAAUGGUAAUCAAAAAGAAAAAGAAAAAAACCAAAAUAAAAUAGUAGAUGAAAGUUAAAUAUUUAUAUUUCAAUAGACUGUGGUAAUGGAAAAAUAUUACCACUUAAUUCAGACUGCUGAUCACAAAAAUGAUGUAUUGUAAACUUUUUAUAUAUA